UGAAAUUUGUUUUAUUUUUUAUACGCUGCGACAAUUUUAGGUAGCAGUUUAAUUUUUAUUAUUUGUUAAGGCAACACAGUAUGACAGCUUUGUGCGGAGCUUAUAUGCUUCCCCACAACGUUAGUGAGCGAAUGGCAAAUAUGUACAUAAAAUAAAAUAGUUUUAGCAAUAGUGGGCGAGUCAAUUGAAGCAUUCUCGCUGCGGAAGGCCUUCAGUUGUGAGUUCUUGAUAAUAAGCGUUGCGUGUCUGCGCUGGAAUACGAAAGAAUGAAAAUUAGAUUGCAUUUAGUACGUUUUAUGUACAUAAAUCUUAUACUAAGCUGCUGCUUCUGGCUAUAUGAUAUCGCUGCCGCGGCAGAUGUCGCCGCAACAAAUACAGCAACAGUACAUAAUGCCAAGGAAAAAAUACAGCAGACAGGCCCCCUAAUGCCGGGGCCAGUAGCAAAUGAAGAGGACUUCUUCAUCAACCCCUUGCGGAAUGUAAAAAAUGAUGUACAUUUUCCAACAGAAAAGGCGCCAGCUGCCACUGCGCAGACAACGGCCGCGGCGCCUAAAAUGUCGAGCUCGACGUCAUUACGUCCAGAUGCAGAUAAUAUGAUGAAAGUGGGCACCGAGCCAAGUACCGAUACAGAAACAAUAAACGCCCCGGUAACAGACACGUCAGUGAAUAUGAACGUGCUGCCGUCUGAUGUAAAUUUCAAUAAUAACAACUAUUUUAGUGUAGUGCCUAACAGUGAAAAGAAUAACAAUGCUGAAAAUGAAGUGACCGCUAAUGUGCCAAAAAAUCAAUUAAAUAAACAAAAUGAUAAUAUGUAUAUAACAAAUAAUGUAGAUGUAAAUCAACUAGAUAAAUCACAAACAACAAAUUUAGUUGAUAAUGUGGUAAGACCUAUUUCAGCUAAGGAAAAACAACAACAAAACCAAGGGCAGCAGGCAGCGAGGUUACCAGAUAAUAAAUACUGA